AUGUCAGAUACCAUCUCGGAAUCUGAAAUUUCCAAAAGAGAUGUGCCUUCGUUUAUAGAGCCUCGUCCUCCUCUGAUUACUAAUCCAUUUAUGAGACCGCGGCCACAAAAGGGCACAAACCUAAUGGAUCUUUUCGAAGACGACUCUGAUUAUCAAGAGACAGACUUAGUACAGGUAUUCUUAAGGUUAAAACCGUGCAGUAUUCCGAGUAAUUUAUAUGACGUUCGCGGUGAGCGAUGUUUGAUCACAUCUCUGGAUACUGCGACGGCAGGACACGGACGAAGGACGCAACAUAAUGUCUCGAAAAUGUACACAUUUUCGCAUAUUUUUCGCGAAAACGCCUCUCAAAAGGACAUUUUUGACCAUGUCGUAAAAGAUAAUUUGAAACGGCUCAAGGACGGUCAUAGUUUUACUCUAUUGACUUAUGGAGCAUCUGGUUCCGGUAAGACUUACACACUCAUGGGUACCGUGGCUUCACCUGGUUUGGUCCCUAGAUCCUUAGAAUAUCUGUUUAAAACUGUGUGUGUCGAAACACGCCCAGUAUAUAAGCCGGCAGAAGGAGGUAUUGAUAUUUUGAGUAUUUCCGCUCAAGAGAAUGAAUUAAUGUUUGUAAAGAAAAUCAGAAAAUUAUCGGCACCUCUGAGAGAUAAGUAUAGACGAAUGAGUGUGCGCCUUAGUACUGAAUAUACUGGCAGCUCCUUCAAUUUGAAUAGCAACAAGCAUUAUGUGUGGGUAUCAUUUAUUGAAAUUUACAAUGAAGGAAUAUAUGACUUACUUGCUACAACAGAAAACCGAUCAUCACCGAAGCUUCUUAUUCGGGAAGAUGCUAGUGGAAAUGUCUUUGUUAAGGGUGCCACUCAAGUGUUUGUGAGGUCGGGUGAGGAAGCUUACGAUAUAAUGGUCGCCGGCAAGCAUAACCUUCAGGUGGCAGCUACGGGUGUCCAUGCUCAAUCUUCAAGAUCCCACUGCAUAUUCACUAUCACCAUGCUAAAUGAGACUGAAAACGGAUGCACGACCUCGUGCGUACGCCUGUGCGACUUGGCCGGCUGCGAGCGGGCCCGGCGCACGCGCAAUACGGGUGCUCGCAUGCAAGAGUCCCGCGCGAUCAACAGUUCGCUUCAUGUACUCGAACGCUGUCUACACACCUUGCGUCGGAAACAAACGGCCGAUCACAACGCACUCGUGCCGUACCGGGAGUCAAAGUUAACCCGUCUGCUCGGCGCGGGGUUGUCGGGUGCGCGCGGGGAGGCCGUGAGCAUGGUGGUGACGCUCAACCCGUCCCCAGAAUACACCAACGAAACCAAACACGUGUUGCAACUCGCCGCGGUCGCUAAGGACAUACAAAUUAACAACACGUUGUCUGAAUAUCCGAGUUCCUUGGAGAGCAGUAUUCGAGACCACAGCGGCAGCCUAAACUCAGAAUUAAUGAAACUACGAACUUGUAACGAGAGAUUGCGCUUUGAAUUGCUGCAAGCCCAGAAUCAUAACAAAGAGUUGUCAGCAAUGAUGGAGGAACGGCGAGCCACGAACGCGGACACAAUGCGCGAACUGGUCGACGAAGUCAAGGAGAACAGCAGACUGUAUUACGAACCCCAAAUAGACGCGCUCAACAAGGAGAUAGAAGAUUUGAAAGAAGAGUAUGAAAGUCUCAUUAGCGGUUUAAAACGUCGUCUCAGUGCGAAGUCACCUUCCAUGCGUGAUAAGGUCGCUGAACUCGUGACCGAAAUCGCUAUUCUAAAGGAAAGACUAUCAGCUGAACAGUUAGCUCGCGCCAGAGUUGAGGAAGAGGUACAACACUUACGUGCUUGCAUUGAAGAAAGAGAUGAGAAUACGAAUAAUGAAGUAGAUCUAUCGAGCUCAGAAAGUGACAUUGAAGAAAUUGAUGCUAUUUGCAAUGAAAGUCUUGAGCCAACCUUUAAACGAGUGGAUAUUAAUCGAUCACGAUUAAUGCAGCAAAGUUUGAACCUUGGCAAUGUUAGCCACACAUCUAUUGAUAGUGUUUUAGAAUAUUCUGAUAUUAACAUUCAGGGUGAAAAAUGUAAUAACGGACAUAAUGAAAAAACUGAAGAAAAACACUGUAUGGAUAACCAUGACAUUCCGAUUUGUUGUGAAAAAGAUAAUCUACCUCCACUGCUAGACGCUGAGACUGAUUCAUUUGUUAACAACGAUACAAAGAAGUAUAAAAGAAAGGAUUCUUUAGCACAAUUUGAAAAACUUGAACUUGCUGCCGAGGCUUGUGAAGUCUCCGAUUCUGUGGUUGACGAAAAAUUUGGAACUCAGGUCCGUUCAAAAUUAAAAAGUUUCUUUAAUGACAACGGAGAAAACAUCGAUAUUAAAACAAUUGAAAAUCUAGUUAAUGAAGGUGAUGAGAGAUCUCCUUCCAUAGUGCAAGAUGUGGCCAAUAAUAAUAACAGCGAAUCUAGUCUAAUGAGAAAACUUUUGACUAAAAAUAUAAGCUCCACACGGAAAGUACUCGAUGACACAAGUAACGAUUUAACACUAGUUCCAGCCAUUAAGUUAUUGACUCCUAAUUGCAAUAAUUACAAAAUGUCACAUGAGUCUGUUGACUUGUUUGAUUCGCCACAUAUAGCUAAAGACACGUGCAGCGUAAAAGCCGUCGAUUCGAAUAUUGUUCACCUUGGCACAAAAGUAGAAAAGCAAAUUACUAUUAAACCUCAAUCCGACAUACUAUCAAAAUGUCAUGUAAGUAACGUAUCAAUAUCUCCAUUAAGUAGGGCAGUUAACAGUACAGAUUUGGUUGAUAAAGAUUCUACAAGUUGCAAAAGCAAGGAUAUACUAUUGCCUAGAAGAAACUCUAAAACACCUACUGAAAAAGAAUUCAACAUGGUCAUUACAGAAGUAAUUUCUAAUGAAUAUGAAAUAAAACAUUCAUCUUCAGAAAACUUAGGGAUUGCGACAAAACAAUUUCAUGAAAACAUUUUAAAUAACGACACCCAGAAAAGUAUGUCGUGUUUAGGUACCCUAAAAUGUAAAGAAGAGAGUUUGAGUAUCGAAACUGAAGGAAAACCAAUAAGAGCCAAUAUUACAUUAAAUAAGGGAUGUUAUGAGGAUACAACUGUAACGGAUAAAUCUCCAGAAACCGAGGCUUUCGUCAAGGAUCAUGACGACGCUUUUAAGAUACCUAAUGACAAUAGCAACAAUAAUAUUAAAAACCAUACGUUGGUAAAUAACUUGAAAGAUAAUUGCUACGAAAACAAGGUGGAAGAGAAUGUCCACACAAUUGAAACGAAUGAAAAGGUCAAAGCGAUAAUGGAUUUUGCGACUUCAUCAAUAGACAACACAUUAGAAGCCUUUGAAAAUAUUUAUAAAGACAUAUCUGUACCCCGAGCGACUCAAUUUGAUUUGUUAUUAACAAAAACGGAAGAAACUCUUAAACUCCAGAGUGAAACCGAAUCUAAAUAUAAUUUAAGAAAAAAAUCAUAUAAAACAAAAUCGCAAUAUCUUACUUUUGGCGAAAGUAAAGAUGAGGAAAGUAAAGAGUUUAUUAGACCUUCAAACCUCAUAGGAGACAAAGUAUCGCUCGAAUCUCAAGCGAAAUGUGAAACUAAGAAGAAAAGAAAUCUCCGACUGCGCCGGCGCAAAAACGAUGAUGAUGAUAAGAACAUUGUUAACUUGCAAACUGAAUUUUCUGAUGUCACGAUGGACGUUCCAGCACCGGGUAAGGUCGUGCAAGAUAUACCUUCACCUGAGAAGAGCGACGGUGAAAAUAUGCCUCCGUCGCUUGAAAUUCAAAGUUGCCCAUCCAAAUCGAUAACACGAAGCCGAAGGAAGCUGUUCACUCCGAGAGCGGAGCCUCUAGAAGAGGUUUGUCCUCAGACUGUCGAUAGCGAUGAGCGGCUUCGGGUUCCGAGACCCUCCUACCACCGCCCGAGAGCUAGAAGGAAGCUGUAG